ACGUAAGGACAAUUUGUGAAGUGAUAGAACGGGUGUACACGAAUGCUUUACGCUGAUUUUGUGUCGAUACUAGUGUGCCAAUUGCUGAUAAUGAUGACGCAGUGGCGUUCGAGUUGUGAUUUUCGUUCGGUAAAUAAGUAUAAAUAUUGAAAUAAAACGCAGUGUUUAAUAUAAAUAAAAUUGUGAGUGUGUGUUUUAUAAAAAGCUAAUGAUGUUCAAUUGAAUCAAACACUCGUGUGAGCUAAUCAUCAACAUUCGUGAAAGUCAUACGGUUAAGUGUGUUCAUGUUUGUGCACGUUUUGUUAUGCAAAUUAAUUGACUGGUGCAACAAAAAAGUAUUUUAAUAAAAUAACAGUACUAAAUUAAAGUUCGUUCAUUCCAGUAAAAACAGUCAGCUAAAGUUUCAGUAAAUAUUUCGUAAAUGUCGGACAUAAAUCAAGCAAAUCCAAAACCAGCACGAGCGCAAUUUGCGAACUUCAAAUGUUUGUUUCAUUGUUGAGGGUGUUUACCAAAAACACAAAAACACAAAAACUGUGACCUGAAGCGUUUGCCGUGAUUUCGAUAGCAUUUCAACAGAAUUUUCGUGUUGCUGUAGUUUCGGGUGUUCAAAUGGUAACAUUUCUAACUUAUCGCAGCGCAGCAGAUCGUGUAUGUGUGAAAUUGCAAUAAUUCAUAAAUGCAACUGGGAGUUGAGUUCGGCAAAUUUUCAACUCAACGCAAGCUGGACUGAACUGAAAUGAACUAUACGAACUGCAGCGUUUUCCUUCUGAUGCACAGUGGCCGGUUGCCUCAAUGCCCAAGUACGGGUGUCGGCAAAUCGAAUUAAACGAAGAAAAAAAAUCAAAAGCAGCAAACUUACCCGCAGUAGCAGUUGUGCCACAGUUACACUACAAAUCGUAAAGUGUACGAGUGUUUUCAGUAUUUCAAGUUUGAAAUUUUAUUACGAAUGCUGCAGCAUUGAGCCCUCUGCUACAUAGUGCAUGUUCAUGAUGUUGCAAGUGCAAACAAUUUCAAAUUAUAUGUGGUAGUGUACAAAGUAAAGUCAAACAAAUCAUAAAUUACGAAACAAGAGAAAAUUGUGUGUUGUGAAAAUUCCGAAAUUUAAAACAAUUUUUAUUGCGCAAACACACAAACAAAAAUUAUAUUUUUUGUCACAGUUGCACUAACUUCAAAACCGCAGGCGAGCAGCGCAAACCAAACACAGCAGGCAUUGCAAGGAAACAUUAAAAUGCAUGAUUUGUUAUCCCAAAGAUUUCAUUGCUGGACUCAAGGAUGUUUCAGUUACAAUACCACAAGCGGUGAAACGUGGUAGCAAUGCACUUCUCAUAUGCAAUUACGAUAUGGAAAAUGAUACUUUAUACUCCAUAAAAUGGUAUAAGGGGCGGCGAGAGUUUUAUCGCUAUACACCAAAGGAAAAUCCGGCAAUGAAAGUUUUCCCCAUGGUCGCCGGACUAAAUGUUGAGCGUAAUCUCUCCAAUCAAAGUCAUGUCGUGCUGCUGGCGGUGCCGCUCAACAUAUCCGGCAAGUUUACAUGYGAGAUUUCCGUGGAGGCGCCAACCUUUCAGACCGCCAUGGUCUCCUCUGAACUGGAAGUUGUGGAAUUACCGGAGGAGCAGGCUAUUGUUACGGGCAUCCAGCCACGUUAUCGUAUCGGCGAUUUGGUUGAUGGCAAUUGCUCAAUUAAGUACUCGAAGCCGGCUGCUAAUUUGACAUGGACUAUUAAUGGUGGUCCGGUGCCGCUGCAUUCUAUAAAAAGUUAUCAAAUUGAACGCUUUGAAGAGAGCAAUUUGGAGUCGGUGGUGUGCGCGCUGAAUUUCAUGGUGACCACAAGUCAUUUCGUUAAAGGACAAAUGAGGCUCAAGUGUACGGCCAGCAUAUUUGACAUAUUCAAAGAGGAAAUCGAAAGUGUCAUCGAAGAGGAUCGACCGCGCAUUAUGGCCUCCGGACGUUCAUACGACAUGCACAAUAAUUAUCCAUACGAGCAGCAUGGCAGCGGUGAUGGCUUCGAGGAUCAUAACGAAUCCUUUUUAACAUAUUCAGCCGCCGACAUCACGUCUUCAGCAACAACCGUACACGGCACGGCAGCGAGCAUCUACGCGAAAGCACUAAAAAUGCAUUGGAAGCGGCUUUGGACCGGUCUGAAGGCGGCAGCGGCAGCAAUUCAGGCAACCAGCAGCCUGCGAAGCGCACCGCCAGUGGAGCUGGAGCUGGCGCACCGAUAUGUCAAAAGGAUAAGUGAAGCAAGCGAUGAUGAUGAGAAGGAAAGUGCACCAGCGGCRGCAGUGAAGAACUUCGCGCGGUUUUCAGCUACCACCAUCGACACCGAGUGUGUUGCUUAUAUUUUUAUUGCCAUUUGCACUAGCGUCUUUCUAUGCGCACUGACACGCCAUUUUAUAAGCUGUCAAAGGAACCAAAGGAAAUCCAGCGAAGUGAGUAGGGCAGUGACGACACCACGAACUACCGCCUCGAUGGUAGCGGCACCAGUGGCAGAUUUCACUGCCACGGUGUUGCCAUCAAAGGUAGUAAUAUCGGCAACAACAACAACAAUAGCAAGGCGUGUUGUAAAUGAUGGGGCAGCUUCAAUCUUGGCAGUCAAACGGACAUUGAAAGGACGAAAAUCCUUUCAUAAUUGCGUUGGAAAAAAUUUGAAAUCAUUGAGUGUACGAUUGGCAGGAUUGCCGCGGACGCUGUGCCCGAUGUUUAUGCAGUGGGCGAAAGUAGCGGCGAAUCCAUUACAAAAAUUGGCAAAUCAACAACAGCUUCAGCAGCAGCAACGGCAGCAGAAAAGCACGUCAAUAUUGCGCAACCAAGCGCGCACACAGCGCCACGCAACUCAACAGCUGUCGGUGACAGUUGCCGGUAGGAGCCCAUCAACUCCAUUACCAGCAACUGUGGCUGCAUUGACAUUUGACACGCCGGGUGUUAGCGCUGCCAUGCACGCUGCAAUUGCCAGCUGCAGCAAUACCAGUCGCUGCAGCGGRGGCGACGGCGACGGCGACGACAAUGGCGGCAGCAAUCAAGCAAUUGGCAAUUUCACUAAGGACACGUCAAAGGAUCAAACAUUAUUGAUGAUGAUUGCACAACGUUUCGAUUGUCAACAUGUUGACGAUUUGGUUGCACUCUCGCACAGCGCGCUCAGUAAGAGGCAGGAGCAGCAACAACAACAACAGCAACAACAGCAACAGCAACAGCCCCUGCUGUUGGGUGCCAUAAAAGACGGCAAGGUGCUGUCGAAAGCCAAGGUGUUGCUGACUAAUUGGCAAGAAAGCGGCGUGACACCUCGUCCUUGCUGCGGCCACUGCUGAUGCCCGCCGACCCAAGGCAAUCGAGUGCAUCGCAUAGCUUAAACAGAAAUUAUAAUUACAUACCAUAAAUAGCUUAAUACCAAUAAAUAUACCAAACAUAAAUUAAUAAUACUCCCGGAAGCGCCGUGUUAUCUCCAAAGCAAAGGCGCCAAUGCCAAAACAACAAAAUACUUAGAAAAUAUGUUAAAUUAGUUCAGAGCUGUCUAGCGUUAAGGAAAUGUUGAUGUUGCUUUUUAAAUGCCAGAAGUAGUCGAAGAAGAAAGAGAAAGAGUAAGAGGAAAUAUGUAUGUGUAAAUAAGGGAGCUARUUGAGCGAAAGAAAUGGCAAAUUUGAAACAAGUUGUGAAAAUGUGAACAUAUUGUAAUGACUUAGAGUAAUGCCAUAAAUAGCACUUCUUUUAGUAAUAAGUAAUAAAUUUAGGAAGCGUAUGAAAUGUAUGCCGAAAAGUUGCGAAUUAUCAGCAGAAGCAGAUGAAAUGCGARAAGCAUAAAAUUAUGUUGCGCAUAAAAAUGAGCAUGUAAAGCAGCCAGCCAUUGCAAUAACACAGUUUACUUUUUA